GAUGGAGCGAUUGAGUAUAGUGGUGUUGCGCAGUCGUGGCAAAUGAGAAUCAUUUGAGAAGGCAACAAUCAAUCAAAUGGAAAGAUAAACUAACCUCGAAGUGAAGUGACAUAAAUUGGUAUAUGCCCAAAUGUUUAGAUUGGUUAUAACUAAUAGGAAUUUAUCGUAAAACCUUUAUCCGCCAGCAGCAUCAGUUCCUCAAAUCCGAUUUGAAAGAAAACUCGUAAAAAAAUAAAAAUGAAGAAAAAGGUUUUACUCAUGGGGAAGAGUGGUUCGGGAAAAACUAGUAUGCGGAGUAUUAUUUUUGCAAAUUAUAUAGCUAGAGAUACUCGGCGUUUGGGGGCUACAAUCGAUGUGGAACACAGCCAUGUUCGUUUCCUGGGGAAUCUUGUUCUCAAUCUGUGGGACUGUGGAGGACAAGAAGCAUUCAUGGAGAAUUACUUCGCCUCCCAGAGAGACAAUAUCUUCAGAAAUGUCGAGGUUCUGAUAUAUGUUUUCGACGUUGAGUCUCGCGAAUUAGAUAAAGAUAUGCACUAUUAUCAAAGUUGUUUGGAAGCUAUAUUACAAAACAGUCCAGAAGCCAAAAUAUUUUGCCUCGUACACAAGAUGGAUUUAGUCCAGGAGGAUCAGAGAGACCUCAUUUUUCGGGAGAGAGAGGAGGAUUUGAAGAGACUGAGCCUACCCCUAGAAUGUACGUGCUUCAGAACGAGCAUAUGGGAUGAAACAUUAUACAGGGCUUGGUCUUCUAUCGUCUACAUGUUAAUUCCAAAUGUUAAAGAACUAGAACAGAGUCUCAAUCAAUUUGCCAAUAUUAUCGAUGCUGAUGAGGUGUUACUGUUUGAACGUGCAACAUUCCUAGUUAUCAGCCAUUGCCAGAGGCGUUUUCAUAGAGAUGUUCAUCGAUUUGAGAAGGUCUCCAAUAUCAUCAAACAAUUCAAAUUAAGCUGCAGUAAAUUGGCAUCACAAUUUUUGAGUAUGGAAGUUAGGAACACAAAUUUCGCAGCCUUUAUCGACGUUUUCACAUCAAAUACGUAUGUGAUGGUCAUCAUGUCCGAUCCGGGGAUUCCUUCUGCUGCAACGUUGAUCAACAUUCGCAAUGCUCGAAAACAUUUUGAAAAAUUGGAACGUGCUAGUCAGAGCUCAGCACUGAGCGGAUAGAAAUCAGCACGACCCAGGUACCUUAGUUGCCCGGGUCCAAAAUCUUAAUUGGCUUUAGAGAAUUUUUUACUCGCCUUCACAUUAUAGAUAACAAUCAUUGGAACUAUUCAAAUAUUUUUUUUUUUCAAAUAUAAUGAGAGAAACGCCAACAUAAUAUCACGGAUUAAGUACAUUUAUAGGGUUCUUAGAUAAGAAAAGCUCAAAAAUUGUGCUAAUAGAAAAAGAAAAAGGGAAAUCAUAUCCAAGUUAUAAAAUUCAACUUCAAAUUGUGUGACGUUCCGUACUGUUUAAACAACAAUACGCCCUAAAUUUGUAAUGGAUUAUAGUGAAUGAACGUAAUCUCACAAUAGCUUUGAUUGAUUUUCUUCUUCACAGUCUAUUUUGUAUUUCUUAUAUGACACAUACUUAUACUUUUAGUGGAUAAUAUGUAUUGUCCUCUACUGCAAAUUCAUGGACUUUAUUUGUUGCUCAUACACUUCAGAUGAAUUGAAGUAUGAGAAAUAAAAUGGAAUUUUUGCAGGGGAAAAUGUAAUAGUUCCAUUAAUGGAACUUCCCAUAAACUGAAAUAUACCGUUGCUAAUAAUCAA